AUGUCUUCUGCUACUUCGUUAAUAACCUUAUCUUAUACUAGCCAAAGUGAAAAAAUUCUAAAUUGCAUUAAUCCAAAAUUGAAUAAUCUAUUUAACAGUAAUGAUGAAUAUAAUACAAUAUUAGAGAGCAAAAAGAAAUAUGAGAAAGAUAAUAAGAUGCAUAACGAUAAAUAUAGUAAUGAAGAUAAUAAAGGGUAUAAUGAUAAAUAUAAUGAAGAAGAUAAUGAGGAAGAUAGUAAAGAGUAUAAUAAAAGAUAUAGUGAGAAUAUUAAUGAAGAAUAUAACAAAGAUAAUGAUAGUAAGGGAUAUAGCAAAGUGGAUUAUAAAGUAUAUAAUGAAAAUUAUAAUGGAAAUUGUGAGAGAUAUAACAAAGAUUAUGAUAAAUAUAACGAGGAAUAUGAUGUUGAUGAACUCAAUAAAAAUAUAAAUUUAG